GAUUUUCCAAUGACGGAUCCGCAUAACCGAUUUUUGUUGGAGAGAAAAAUACAAAGUGGUGAAGCGCAUUAUAUUCCAACGUGAAAUUUUCGAAAAAAUCAUUUAGGAUUUCCUGAAAAAUAGUAACAAACAGUCAACGGUUAAGUUCGCCGACGAAGGAGUCCGAAAUGGACAAUUCCAUCGAGCGUCAUUCGGCCUCUCGGGAAGCAAGUCCUGCUGGAUCCCGAAACUCUCGCUCGCGAUCCCGUUCUGGAAGUCGCAGCGCCAGUGGGUCAGCAAAGUCUCGUUCGCCUAGCCAAGCUAAAUCGACCGGAAGUAGAGCAUCACGAAGUCCUAGUGUUGGUUCUAACCGAUCUAAAUCAGGAUCGCGUUCCCGUAGUCGUAGUCCCAAUAAAAACGGAGAUGUCAACAGUACUAAGGAUAGCAUAGAUUCUUCCGCCAGGCAAAGUAAGAGUCGUUCACGCUCACCCGAAUCUAGCCCGGUGAAAAAUGGAGCUGGAAAUCGCUCUAGAAGUGGUUCACCUGUUUUGCGCAAAAGUCGCAGCAGAAGUGUAGGCUCAAACCGCUCUAAACGGUCACGUUCACCAAGUGUUGCCGGUUCCAAUAAAUCCGGAUCCCCAACUGGUUCCAGAUCACGAUCUCGAUCUAAGUCGAAAUCAAAAAGCCGUUCAAAAUCGAGAUCCAAAAGCGGCUCAAGAUCUAGAUCUAGAUCUGGUUCAAGGUCGAAAUCUCGUUCCAAGUCACGUUCUCGAUCCAGAUCCAAAUCUGGUUCGAGGUCAAAAUCGCGUUCAAGGUCAAAAUCUCGUUCGAGAUCAAAAUCUCGCUCGAGGUCAAAAUCUCGUUCCCGGUCCAAAUCUCGCUCCCGGUCCAAAUCAGGUUCACGUUCGCGUUCGCGUUCGGGAUCCCGAUCCCGUUCAAGAUCACGCUCAAGAUCGAAAAGUCGCAGUCGUUCUAGGAGUUCGGUACGAAGCCGAGGUUCGAAAAGUCGUUCCCGAUCUGGAUCGCGUUCAAAAUCUCGUAGCCGUAGCCGAAGCCGAUCGGGUUCGCGACGUAGCCGUAGCAAGAGCCGAAAAUCCGGAUCAAGAUCGCGCUCAAGAUCUGUAUCUAGAUCCCGAUCUCGCUCGAGAAGUCGUAGCCGAAGUGGAAGUCGGGCAAGUUCUAAACGAAGUCGCAGUGGCAGCUCUAAACGAUCACGCAGUCGUUCUGGAUCACGGUCUCGAUCGCGUUCACGUUCUCGCAGUGGUUCAGCUUCGCCGGUGACGAAGAAAAAGCGUUCUGCACUUCUCAGUGAUUCGGAAGACGAUGACGAUCGCCAGAAGGAAGAGGCACCGAAGAAACGCGCUAAGAUAACCGACUCCGACCAUGAAGGAGAGGACGCUGAAGAGGAUACACCUGCUGAUACCGCCGAGGAUGGAGAUACAGCUGGAGAUCAAAAUGCUGCUGCCGAUAAACCUCUGGUUGACGAUGUAGGCGAUUCUGACGACGAAGGCGUUCGCGAAAGCACUGGCGAUAAUGGCAUGAAUGAUUUCGAUCUCAUGUUGAUGCGUAAAAAGGAAGAAAAAGGACGUCGCCGAAAGCGGAAUGAUAUAGAUUUGAUCAACGAUAACGACGAUUUGAUUGCACAGCUGUUGCAGCAGAUGCGUAAUGCAGCCGAAGACGAUAGAGCUUUAAAUAAGGAAGGAAGGCCGGCCACUAAAAAGAUAGCCAUUCUCAAGCAUGCUAUGUCACAAUUGAUCAAAAAGGAUCUUCAGCUGGCAUUCCUAGAACAUAACGUACUAAAUGUCCUAACAGAUUGGCUAGCUCCGCUACCCAAUAAGUCGUUGCCUUGUUUGCAGAUAAGAGAAUCAAUUCUUAAACUUCUUUCCGACUUUCCAGCGAUUGAUAAAUCCUACCUCAAGCAGUCCGGCAUCGGAAAGGCUGUCAUGUAUCUCUAUAAACACCCACGUGAAUCGAAAUUAAACCGCACACGUGCCGGUAAGUUGAUUUCUGAAUGGGCUAGACCGAUUUUCAACCUCAGCACGGACUUCAAAGCCAUGUCCCGGGAAGAAAGACAGGAGCGGGAUCUUGCCCAGAUGCCUAAGAAGCGCAAGACCACCUCAGACACCCAAGGGCCUAGUGGUAGUAGUGGAGCAACUGCUAGUGGCAGCGGCACCGGCGGCAGCAAAAAAGGAUUACCGUUUACCGAAGCAGAAAAGGGUGCCCUUCGACCAGGCGACAAGGGAUGGGUCAUGCGAGCCCGUGUUCCGAUGCCGUCGGAUAAGGAAUACUUUGUCCGACCAAAAUCCACCAGUGAUAUAGAUAUGAGUCGGAUAACCAAGAAAAAAAUGAAUCGCUACGAGCGCCACUUGAAGAACUUUAUCGAUGCUAAACGGUUGAAAACCGCUCGGAGGGCAGUCGAAAUAUCCAUCGAAGGUCGCAAGAUGGCACUCUGAGUUGGUCACCGCGCAAUAGGUAAAAGUAUCUAUAUUUUAUUAAAUUAUCCCUUUUAAUUGAGUUUACUAGCUCAGUUUUUCGUGUUUUUCAUUACGUAAUACCAUUUUUACCAAACUCGGUAAAUGAUGCUAUAAUGGUAAUUAAUAAAACUUUCUUCUUAAUUGUAAUUUAGGACCCUUUCAAAAAAUUCGUUAUUAGUUGUACCAGAAA